AUGUACCAGAUGCUUCUGUGGUUUUCUAUAAUUUCUUUCACCUCACAAUUAGCAUGGAGCUACAAAAUGGCGUUCUUUGUUUUGGACAUAUCUAACAGUCAGCUCUUAUUCAACGAACGAUUAGCCGAACCACUAGAAGCUGCUGGACAUGACGUAACCCUCAUCUUGAUGGCACCGCAGUCUGAUCGUGAUCGUAGCGACGUACAAAUCAAAGGCAACAUCAAAGUUCAUGUUGUGAACGCUAGUACAGGCCUCUCUCAGAAGGAUAUGGAUGACAAAGACGAAACAUUUGUUUACCAGGAUAUGCCUGGCCACAAAAUGUUAGAACGGUUGAAAAAGCAGACAAAGCUGCUCACCGACACUUGUCAAGCAACCUUAAAGCAGAAGGAGUUUAUUGAAUGGUUGAAAGCAGAAAAAUUCGACUUGGCUUUUGCGCCAAUGUUUGAUGUCUGCUCUGUUGGACUUAUUCAUGAAGCUAAUAUCCCUGGAUGGAUUUGGUUGAAUAGUGGAACCAUCAUGGAUUACAUCGCUAAUCUCAUUGGAGUCCCCACGAUACCAAGUUAUGUCCCACCGAUGAUGAUGGAAGCUGGCGCCGAAAUGAGUUUUGUGCAGAGAAUCAAGAGUGUGGUUGGACAUGGUCUAACAUCUUUUAUUUGGAAAAAGUUUGUCGCCGAACCCGAAAAUCAACUCUUUCGGGAGCUUUCGCCUGAAUUUCCAGAUCUUCUGGAACUGGCAAGAAAGUGUCCUCUGAUCAUGGCCAACACAAACGACCUUUACGAACUACCGCGACCAACGCUUGCAAAAGUUGUGAAUAUCGGUGGCGUAGGAAUGGACACCGAAACGAAGUCAAAGAGUGAACCUCUUCCAAAGCAUAUACUUGAUAUUUUGAAUGACAGCGAAGGCGCAGUUCUUUUUUCAUUUGGUUCCGUCGCUCCGAUGUGGAAAAUGCCACUCAGCUGGAAGAAAAUGUUCCUGGCGGCUUUCAAACGAUUUCCACAGUAUCACUUCCUGUUAAGAUAUGAAAAAGAUGACAUUAAUGAUAUUCUACCUUCCAAUGUUCACCUAUUCAAAUGGAUGCCUCAGUCUGAACUUUUGCGGCAUCCAAAGACGAAAGCGUUUAUCACCCAUGGGGGCUACAACAGCUUCCAGGAAGCAGUUCUUGCCGGCGUUCCGUGUAUAACCAUCCCUUUAUUUGGCGAUCAGUCGAAGAACGCGCUCCUGGCCGAACACCAUGGUUUUAGCCUCGUCUUGCGCAAGGGAGAACUUUGCGAAGAGGUGAUUUUCAACGCGCUCAAGGAAGUAACCAACAAUCCAAGUUAUAAAAAAGCCGCUAUUAGGCUAUCGAAUAUGGUAAAACAUCAACCAGUGAAGCCGACAGAGCUGCUGGUACGGUGGUCCGAGUUUGUUGCCGAGUUCCACACUCUAGAGAAUCUUCAUCCAGCCGGCACUAAGCUCAACUUCAUACAGUACCACUCUUUUGAUGUUAUUGGCUUUUUACUAGCUAUAGUGCUAUCGACUCUCGUAAUUCUGAUGAGAGGUAUUUUGCUCAUCUUUAUUUCAACAUUCUGUAUACAAUGGGUCUGUACAUAUAAAAUGGUCUUAUUGGUCCUUGAUAUGUCCCACAGCCAACUACUCUUCAAUAAAAGAGUAGCCGAAGCGCUAAGCGAUGCCGAUAAUGAGGUGACAUUGGUGCUGAUUUCUCCUAUUGCUGACCGCGACAUUAGCGACAUCAAAAUAAAGAACAAUGUCAAAGUGCACAUAGUGCCCAUUUCGACUGGGCUGACCAAAGCUAAGAUGGAAGAAAAUCAAGAGAACUACGUAUUUAAGGAAGAGACAGGCGGUGGAAUCCAUACAGCAUCGAUGAAGGCAGCCAAAAUCGUUCAUACCUGUGAAGAGACGGUGAAGAAUAAAGAGUUCUUGCAAUGGUUAACGGUACAGCGGUUCGACUUAGCCUACGCGCAUAUGUUCGACGUUUGCACUAUUGGUCUUAUUCAUCACGCAAGAAUACCAGCAUGGAUUUGGUUAAAUAGUGGUUCUAUAAUGGAUUACGUGGCUUAUUUGGUGGGAGUCCCAAUAAUUCCUAGUUACGUGCCACCAAUGAUGAUGGAAGUGGCUGGUGAAAUGAAUUUCAUGGAAAGGACAAAGAGCUUCAUAGAAACAGAAGUUUUUCGCCGCUGGAUAAAUCGUGACUUCCCAGACUUGAUGGAUCUCGCCUCGAAAUGUCCUUUGGUCAUGGCCAACAGUAACGACCUCUACGACAUGACUCGCCCACUGCUGGCCAAAGUUGUCAAUAUUGGCGGAGUUGGAAUGGAACUUGCUGAAGCAAAACCGCUGCCAGAAGACAUCGACGAGAUUGUUGCCAGAGGAAAUGGAACUGUGCUCUUUUCUUUUGGUUCAGUCACAGCAGCUCACAAGAUGCCUACAGAAUGGAAGUCAGCGUUUUUGGAAGCAUUUAAGGCAUUGAAUACCUAUCAGUUUCUGGUGAGAUAUGAGAAGAACGAUCUUGAUGGUAGACUUCCUGCAAAUGUUCACUUGUACAAAUGGCUUCCACAAUCGGAUAUUCUUCGUCACCCGAAAACGAAGGCUUUCAUUACUCAUGGAGGUUACAAUAGUGUACAGGAGGCCAUUGUUACCGGAGUUCCUUUGAUAGCUAUUCCACUUUUUGGUGAUCAACCUAAAAAUGCACGUCUAGUAGAGAGACAUGGAAUUGGGCUUGUGCUGCAUAAAGCAGAAAUUUCCACUCCCAUGAUCGUAAGGGCUUUGAAACAAGUCAUUGAAAAUAAAAGGUUUGAUGACAAUGCAAAGAGACUUUCAAGGAUGGUUGAACGCAAGCCCAUCAGUGCAAAUCACUUACUCGUCAAAUGGUCGGAAUUUUUAGCAGAUUUCCAGUCUUUAGAAAACCUGGAACCAGCGGGAAACAAGCUCAACUUUGUUCAAUAUCAUUCGCUAGAUGUAUUGCUGUUUUUAUUCUCUACUGCUGUAUUGCUGAUCUAUGUUGUAAGCAAGCUACUCUUCAAUAAAAGAGUAGCCGAAGCGCUAAGCGAUGCCGAUAAUGAAGUGACAUUGGUGCUGAUUUCUCCUAUUGCUGACCGCGACAUUAGCGACAUCAAAAUAAAGAACAAUGUCAAAGGUAGACUUCCUGCAAAUGUUCACUUGUACAAAUGGCUUCCACAAUCGGAUAUUCUUCGUCACCCGAAAACGAAGGCUUUCAUUACUCAUGGAGGUUACAAUAGUGUACAGGAGGCCAUUGUUACCGGAGUUCCUUUGAUAGCUAUUCCACUUUUUGGUGAUCAACCUAAAAAUGCACGUCUAGUAGAGAGACAUGGAAUUGGGCUUGUGCUGCAUAAAGCAGAAAUUUCCACUCCCAUGAUCGUAAGGGCUUUGAAACAAGUCAUUGAAAAUAAAAGGUUUGAUGACAAUGCAAAGAGACUUUCAAGGAUGGUUGAACGCAAGCCCAUCAGUGCAAAUCACUUACUCGUCAAAUGGUCGGAAUUUUUAGCAGAUUUCCAGUCUUUAGAAAACCUGGAACCAGCGGGAAACAAGCUCAACUUUGUUCAAUAUCAUUCGCUAGAUGUAUUGCUGUUUUUAUUCUCUACUGCUGUAUUGCUGAUCUAUGUUGUAAGCAAGGUAGCCAUCAUAUGUUUGUCGCUUGUAUUUGCUUCCAAACGGAAACAAAAGACUAGCUGA